AUGCAGAGCUUCCUGCAACUGCUGAGGGGAAACGGGGGCCCCAGCCUGCCCUUGCCGGAGCUGGUGACCCUCGCAGGCAGGCUGUGCCGGGACCUCCAGGAUGACCCCAUCCAGGUGCAGCCCUUGGUCACGGCUGUGCUGGACAGCCAGCUCCGCCUGUACCUCUUGGACAAUGCGGAUGUGGCCCUGGUGUGCGCCAGCGUGCUGGCCCAGCAGGAGCAGCACCAGGCCGCCUGUCGGCUGCUGGAGGGGUGCCAGGUGCCAGGCGGCAGCCCCAAGCUGGUGCAGCUCUGGAAUGACAUCCACUACCGUCUGGCCAUGAAGAGGCUUGGCGUGUCCACACUGACGCCGGUGCAGAAGUUCCGGUGCAGGAAGAGGAACCCACCACCCGCCUCCCUCUGCCCCGACGGCCUCAAGAGCCGGAACUUCCCCAGAGAAGUUCGCCAGAAGCUGCAGGACUUUGCCUCGGGCGUGAGCACCAACCCCAGCAAGGCUGAGCGGGAGGACCUGGCCUCUCAGAUGCGCCUGACCACGGAGCAAGUCUACAACUGGUUUGCCAAUUACCGGCGGCGCCAGAGGGCCCUGAUGCAGCGUGCGGCACCAGCCCCAGACCCAGGAGAAGACCUUACGUCGGGGGAGGCGAGUCGGCACCGCCCCCCGCAGCCAACAGGCCACCCCCACCUUGGCUCUGGGCUUGUGGACAGGCCUCAGUGGUCGACAGGACCUGAGGAAAGUGUGCCUCUACAGACCCUGGAGACCACCCAAGGGCCGUGGGAGCCGCUGGCUCUGACCCCAGACUUCUCUGGAGGCGAGACUAUGCCCAAGUCACUGGCUCCCAGCAUCAACCCCCAGGGCACAUACCUGGAGGAGGAUCCGGGUUCCCGCGGUAGCCAAGCAGAACAACAGGCGGGCAACCUCCUGGUGACCCAGCCUCCACCACAGGCUCCCAGUUUCAUCCUCACCCAGAACCCCUCAGACCUGACUCCGGCCCCAUCAGGCUUCCCUGGCCCCAUGUCUGCCGUGGAGCUGAGCCAGCCCCCUCCCGCCAGCCAGGUGCAGUGGUCUGGCGGGCAGACCUCCAGCGACACCUUCUGGGGAGCCAGGAUGCUCCUGGAGCUUUCAGGGGGUAGCCUGGACUGA